AUGCACUGUUCAUGUACAACAGACCAAUAUAUUGCUCCUAUACAAUACAGCAAUGCACUGUUCAUGUACAAUAGACCAAUAUAUUGCUCCUAUACAAUACAGCAAUGCACUGUUCAUGUACAACAGACCAAUAUAUUGCUCCUAUACAAUACAGCAAUGCACUGUUCAUGUACAAUAGACCAAUAUAUUGCUCCUAUACAAUACAGCAAUGCACUGUUCAUGUACAACAGACCAAUAUAUUGCUCCUAUACAAUACAGCAAUGCACUGUUCAUGUACAACAGACCAAUAUAUUGCUCCUAUACAAUACAGCAAUGCACUGUUCAUGUACAACAGACCAAUAUAUUGCUCCUAUACAAUACAGCAAUGCACUGUUCAUGUACAACAGACCAAUAUAUUGCUCCUAUACAAUACAGCAAUGCACUGUUCAUGUACAACAGACCAAUAUAAUGCUCCUAUACAAUACAGCAAUGCACUGUUCAUGUACAACAGACCAAUAUAUUGCUCCUAUACAAUACAGCAAUGCACUGUUCAUGUACAAUAGACCAAUAUAUUGCUCAUAUACAAUACAGCAAUGUACUGUUCAUGUACAACAGACCAAUAUAUUGCUCCUAUACAAUACAGCAAUGCACUGUUCAUGUACAACAGACCAAUAUAUUGCUCCUAUACAAUACAGCAAUGCACUGUUCAUGUACAAUAGACCAAUAUAUUGCUCCUAUACAAUACAGCAAUGCACUGUUCAUGUACAACAGACCAAUAUAUUGCUCCUAUACAAUACAGCAAUGCACUGUUCAUGUACAAUAGACCAAUAUAUUGCUCCUAUACAAUACAGCAAUGCACUGUUCAUGUACAACAGACCAAUAUAUUGCUCCUAUACAAUACAGCAAUGCACUGUUCAUGUACAACAGACCAAUAUAUUGCUCCUAUACAAUACAGCAAUGCACUGUUCAUGUACAACAGACCAAUAUAUUGCUCCUAUACAAUACAGCAAUGCACUGUUCAUGUACAACAGACCAAUAUAUUGCUCCUAUACAAUACAGCAAUGCACUGUUCAUGUACAACAGACCAAUAUAAUGCUCCUAUACAAUACAGCAAUGCACUGUUCAUGUACAACAGACCAAUAUAUUGCUCCUAUACAAUACAGCAAUGCACUGUUCAUGUACAAUAGACCAAUAUAUUGCUCCUAUACAAUACAGCAAUGUACUGUUCAUGUACAACAGACCAAUAUAUUGCUCCUAUACAAUACAGCAAUGCACUGUUCAUGUACAAUAGACCAAUAUAUUGCUCCUAUACAAUACAGCAAUGCA